UCAAAUUCUCUGAAGGAGACGCUCAUUCGCUAUCCAUGCAUCACGAAAGAAAGACAGUUGAAUUUUUUAUACGUUUCAUAUCACGGGCAAGAUGAGUCAGUAGUUCACGAAGCAAUUUGCACACGAAAGUGUGCCGACACAACUAAUUAAUCAUGGAAGCCAAUAUGGCGCUCAUUUCGAGCUGUGUCGCACAGACGAUACAAAUUUCUUUUCAUCUUUUUUUGAUACAUCUUGAUUGGGACAAUAUCAACAAUGAUAUCCAAUCAGGACCAGGAAAGUUGGCUAUGGAAGUUCGAGCCAGUGUCUCCUAAUGGAACACUGUCCAAUGAAUUUGAAGAUGAUUGGUUUUUAUUUGAUGAUAAAUCUGUAGAUCCUACUAAAAAAAUUGCUGAACCUAUUAUAUAUGAAAAUCAUCCUACUCGUGCACAAGUAGCUACAAAACUUUUGGAAAAAUUAGAUGAAUGGAUUAAAGAAGAGCCUUUUUCGGAUUGGUUGGAGGAGAAAAUAGAAUUGCCUAUUUUUGAAGAACUACCAAUUACUGAAAAUGGACAAAUUAAAACAAUACCAUAUAAUGAAAUUACAAAAACUCCCCAGCAAGAUGAUACACAAACUUUGCUACAAGAAUUUGAAACUGUUCUGGGAGAUGUGGAAGCUUGUCAUCAAAUAGUCCCUUCAUCAAGUUCCACUCUUACACCCCCUCAAUCACCUCCAUCACAUAAACCAUUAAAUGUGGAUACUCAAUUACUUGUUACUUUACAACCAGUACAACCAUUAUAUUCUAAUCAUCAAUCCAUAUAUGGUAUGGUAGUUCCAGAGGAAAAAUCAUAUAUAAAUGAAGCACGCAUACAAUGGCAUACAAAAAAUGUACCAUUAGAUCCAAUAAAUACAGAUGUUGCACAUGACUUAGCUGUAGUGGAUGAAUAUGUACGUUUACAUACAAAAGAUAUUCCACCAUCUAGUCCUUGUACCAGCUCUGGUGGCAGCUAUAUUUCAUCAGAAGAUUCUGUGGAUGAUCCAGAUUGGAUUUUCGAAUCUGAAAAAAAAAAUAUGAAACAAUCUACUUGUACUUCAACGAAAAAUCGUCAAAAACCUUAUUCUCGUCCUUCAAUUGAAGAUAAAAAAGUUCGAAAAAAAGAACAAAAUAAGAAUGCAGCCACACGAUAUAGACAGAAGAAAAAACAAGAAAUAAAAGAAAUAUUAGGUGAAGAACGUGAACUUACUGAACAUAAUGAAAAACUAAAAAAUCAAGUAACAGAUUUACAACGAGAAAUUGGAUAUUUAAAAGGUUUAAUGAGAGAUUUAUUUAAAGCUAAGGGUCUUAUUAAAUAAUCCACUUAUAUAUCAACCAUAUUAUGUUUACUCAUUUUUAUUAAUUUUUAUUAUCAUAUUUUUGACACUAACUAAUUUUAUAAUAAUACUAAUAUAUUUUAGCAUAUAGACUUAAAUUACCGACUGUUAUUUUCUUUUUUUAAAUUAGCGUAUGUGAAUAUAUAUCUAAGAUCUAUCACAGCUUCUUAAUAGGACUACAGAAUUGUCAUCAUAUAAUACAUAAAUUAUGUACUAUCUCCUAACUUAUUCAUGGUCCGUCGAAGAUUGGCAAAUAAGAUACAUUAAAUAAUGAUAGAUUUUAAAAUGUAUACAGUCCUAUGAAACUCCUUUGAGUGGAAACUUGCUGUUACAAAAAAUUCUAAUCACAAUUUAUUGUAUCUUAAAAUGCAAAUUUUUCAUUCCAAGAAAUUCUAACUCAAUCAAGUUUCAAAUUUUCUUAAAAAAAAAUAUUGUAUUAGAAAAUAAUAAAUGGGUU